UGACUUUUUGACUUUUUGAACUUUUGACUUUGUCUUCUUUUUUCAGAUUUUCUUCACGUUUGCAGAAGUGUGUUUCUGAUUGGCGACAGUGGCGUGCGUUGGUUGUUGAAUGUUUCACUCGAUCGCCGUUGCAGCCCGCGCGGCCGCCGCUUCUGCAGCAUCAGCACCAACAGCCGUCGCAGCAGGGGCGCCUGGAAGUGGAUCCGCCAGAGCAGAGGCAGCAGGAGCAGAGGCAGAGGCAGAGGCAGAGCCGCGGAAUGCGAAUCCCACUUGUGCUGCGGCUUCAGUCACUGCCACAGCUGAGACUCUGACUCCAGCCGCCGCUCCUGCUGCUGCUGCUGCUGCUGCUGCUGCAACAACACCAAUCAUGGACGAGUGGAAUGAGCUGUACACGUCCAAGGAGCUGUUUCUAGUAGAGCAGCGGGGCUACGAGAUUGCCGACCUGCUUGGCCAGGGCGCCUUUUCGGUCGUCGUGCGCGCAGUCGAGAAGAGCACACGGACAACCUACGCGGUCAAGGUCGUCUCGCUCGAGGCCGACGCAGUCCAGCACGAGGUCGCCAUCUGGGCGCUGUUGAAACACGUCAACAUUGUCCAGCUCCACGCGCACUUCCCCAGUCCGCGAUUCAUGUUCAUGGUCCUGGAAUAUGUUCCAGCUGGCGAGCUCUUUGAUCACAUUGUCUCGAGAAAGUUCUACUCGGAAAUGGAUGCUCGGUUUCUCAUGCGGCAAAUUCUCAGCGCGCUCGAACACAUGCAUUCGCGCGGCAUUUGCCAUCGUGACUUGAAGCCCGAGAAUUUGCUGUGCGUCAUCCAGCCCGCAAACGACGCACUUGGUGACUCCAUCCAACACGUAAAAAUCUCCGACUUUGGGCUUGCCGAGCGCUUCGUGCGCAACCAGCCGCACGCCAUGUCUCGGCGAUGCGGCACACCCGGCUAUGUCGCGCCCGAGGUGCUCCGUGGGCACGGCUACAAUGAAAAGGUCGACUUGUGGAGUAUCGGCGUCAUUCUAUACAUUCUACUGGUCGGCUUUCCUCCAUUCUACGAUAAAAGCGACCGCGAGCUACUGCGCAAAUGCGAGGCAGGUGUCUAUUCGUUUCCGUCGCCGCAGUGGGACUUGAUCACGCCAGCUGCCAAGGACUUGAUUGAGAAUCUCAUGCAAAUAGACGUUGCCAAGCGAUUUUCCGCAUCCGAUUCGAUGCGACACGAGUGGAUUGCGCUUCCACACCGGCCGUCCAGCGAUCACCUAGAAAGCACACUUACCGAACUUCGGCGAUUCAAUGCUCGUCGCAAAUUCAUGGCCGCUGCACAUGCGGUUCGCUUUGGAAGCGCAUUGUUGCGAACAGUGCAAUCCACGGUGGACUCGCUGUUUUCGAGCGAAACCUCGCCACCAAUACAACAACCAGAAUCAAGCACAUCUGGGCCAUCGCAAGCUGGCAAUAAUGGCAGCUCGGCGAAAUUGGCAUUGCGAGCGCUAGGCGCUUUCGCACCCAAAGGCGGUCUCAAGCGGAAUGCUUCGACGACCGAGCUGGCUGCCGUCGCACCAAGUGUAGUGGUUACGACAGAAUCGCACGAGACCAAGCGGGUGCGGCUGCAAUCCGAAUCGCUUUCGGUUGCUCCGUACUUUUCGAUGGCCGACCGUACUCUCUCGGCCGAGCUGCCAGCAGGCUCCAAUGUGGACUAUGCCGUGAUUGGGCAAGUCCUGCUGCGCAUGGCGUCCGAGGGAUUACAAAAGGCUGUGGUACACGCCCAAGCCUGUCCCGACGAAAUUUCGCUGCAGUUGCCUAGUUUGUUCCCAUCGUUUGACGUUCGCAUCCAGCUGCCUGGCUCUCCACAGUGACGAGAGGGGUGGUGGUUUUUGGCUCGCUUGUUUUGUUUUUCUGAAUUUUCGCUUGCAUGUAGUACUAUGGAAUAGAGGAAUAGGUAGAUACGAAAUAUAUUGAGCACUGAGC